AUGGAAACUAAAGUACAUUUAUUUUGCCAGGGAGAAGAAAAUACUGAUUUAUCAGAUGAUGACUAUAAUUCUUUUGCAACUGAUUUGCCAUCAAGAAAUAUUGACAGCAAGAAAUACAUCAAGUUUUCUAAAACAACAGAGAAGAGAAUUUCACCUGAAGUUAGGGGUUUGAGCCCAGAACACACUAAAAAGUAUGAAACAUCAAUGUUCCUAUUUGGAGAAGAAAAAUCCUCUGAUUUUUCAGAGAAAAAAAAAGGCAGGAGAAAGAAGAGUUUACAAGUACAAUUGCAUACUAAAAGAACUGAGGUAAAUAAAGAUCUGGGAAUAUUUUUGCUUUCAAGUGUUGACAAGAUGACUAGAAAAGAAAGCUCUUUAUGCGAGUUGUCAAGUCAGUACAGCGUUCACAAGACUUUAUCACCCCUUGGUACAUCUUCCUCAGUUAUUCGCAAAGAUGGAAAGCUUUCUAACCUUUACCAGACAUUAUAUGAUGAAGUACCUGAAGGACAGUUAUACUCACAAGAAUUAAGUGCACUUCAGAAAACCUGUAAAAUUUUCAGUAAAAUUCGAGGUGGUAAGAUUUAUGUGAAUGAUCUGCCAAUGAUCCAUCGCAUCUUGAAUAUCUCUAUAAGUGACUCAGAAAUGAGAAAGGCACUGAAGACUAUUGAUAUUGAUGCAUUUCAGAAAGCCUUGAAGAUUUUCUGUAGGAUAAAAGGUGGUCGAGUUUCAACUUCUGAAGUGGGUGACGUUUUGGAUAGCAUGGCUAUCCUUGUAAUCCCUGAAACUUUUCAGGAAGUGAUAAAGCAUGCUAGUAUUGACAGUAACCAAAUGGUGGAUAUUGGGGAUAUUAUAUUUACUUUGGCUGAAUUACAGCAACAAUAUGAGGAUGUUUCAAUUGUAAAAGGAACAGCCUUGGAUGAAGCUACUUCAAGAAAGUUAUCAUAUGUAUCAGGAUGCUAUCCACAAUAUACGAAGAAAAGCAUUUUAUCUUCCAGACUGUCUGAAUUGUCAUUAUCCCAAAAGUUAAAUACAAAGAGCCUUCAAAAUCAUACAAUUAUGAAGGGGAAUGAUGACCUUGAAUUUAAAAAAUCAAAAAAUAUUUUGCAAAUAAGAAAAUUCCAGGAUGAGGUUGACAGCAGUGAUGUAGAAUUCCAGGAACCAUAUUCAAAGGAUGGCAUAAACUUCAAGAGAAGUUCAGAGAAGGUUGAAAUUCAUGACUCAAAGUCUAAACCACAAAACUUGAAGAGUGUUACAAGCCUCAAAAAGUCCCUGGAUAAAAGUGAUAUUUUUAGUAUCCCAAAACUUCAGAAGCCAGCUGUGAGAAGGCGCGCCAGCCUUCUAAAACAUGUUUUAUCUAAGGAAAAAACUGCAAUUAAUGCUCUGGGAAAUGUCUGUGAAGCUAUCAAUAAACUCUGAGAAAAUUACAUUGAUACAGAAGAACCUCAGUCCAUUUUGCAUUCAGUAGGAAUUACUUUAUCAGAUAAAGAGUUCAAGAAGAUUGUGACAGACACUACUAGAAAUGAAAAUGGAAUGGUGAAGUUAGAUGAUGUUGUGCAUGCUCUCUCCAAAGAGCAAAAUCUUCCUGGAUAUGAUGCAUUGACUGAUGUCAUCAAAGCUAUUGAUAAAAUUAAAGAUGAAAAUAUUGAUUAUGGGGAUCUGAAUACUUGUCUUCAAAAUUUUGGAGUUUACCUUUCUAAGCCAGAAUUUCAGAAGAUCACAGAGUUGACUGAAGCUGGUGAAACAAAAAAAGUGAAUUUUAAAGAAUUCGUUGAUACUAUGAUGAGCAACACGGAACACUUCUCUGAAAAAUUAUUAUUGCCUGAUACUAUUGAAAACCUCCACAAUCUUAGCAAAGAGAAGAUGAGUGCUCCUGACCUGUGGAGUACUCUGUCUAGUUUGAAAAGUAAUUUAAAAAAAGACGAAUUCCUAGCUGCACUGAAAUUAGCAACAGUUGAUGAAGGUGACAAAGUACAAAUUGAAGAAUUUGCAAAAGUGGUAAAGGAUAUGCAUGAUGCCUCCAGGUUAGAAGAGUUACGGGAGAUCGUCUUAGCUGUUGAUUUGCCUGAAGGUGACAUGAUACCUGGGAAGGACUUGGAAGGCUUUCUAAGAGAUAUUGGGAUUAAGUCACCUAAAGAAGAGGUAGAGAAAAUCCUUCAAUCAGAUUUUGUUUCUGAAGACAAUAUGGUGAAUGUUAAAGACUGUAUGAAGGCUUUGAGAGACACCCAGAAAUUUUCCAAUUUUAUUGAUUUUAGGAAAGAGACUUUGUCUUCAAAUCUGAAAUUACCAAAGGCAGAUGAGAUUAAAGAAGCUGCUCACAUCUUGUCACAUGUUGAUAAUGGCAAGAUUGGUAUACCUAACUUGCAGUGUGCCCUGAAAAGUCUGAAUGUUAAUUUAACUGAGGAGGACUUCAGUGAAGCUGUUAAAUGUUGUGACACCAGCAAUAAUGCGGUAGAUUUAAAAGAUUUCUUAAAGGAAAUUUUUUAAAGUCCACAUUUCAAAGAGUCUAUAGGUGAUAAUACAGUUGGUCUGAAUGAUUUGAUGGAUGCUAUCAGUUAUAUCAAGGGAAAGGUGAUUGAUAUCCAGGACUUAGACAACUUUCUAGCAAAUGAGGGGGUUGAGCUCACAGAAGAAAUGAAGAAACUAAUGCCUCAUUUGACAUUCAAUGAUUAUGAUUCAGGUCUGGAGUACAGCCUAAGAAAUUCUGCAUUUCUAACAAGUUUCCAGAUGGUGGCAAUGCUGCUGGUCCAAGGUCCACACUUUGCCUAUCUAAGACCUAAAAGAUGA